CACCUCUUUCAUUGCUGGCAGCACAAGAUUCAACGGCCCGCGGCUUUUGUUGGUCAAUGUGCUGCUUGUGACUUCAGGAUGCAGCCACGGUCCAGAGCGGAGAGACAGCGAGAGGCUGCGGCGGCAGCUGCCGUGACCGAGGAGGCUCUUCAGCAGGAAUGGAACGUGCAGCGAGAACUGCAUCUUCAGAACCGGGCAGUGGAAAAAUUUCGUGAGAAGGAAAAAGAGGUGGCCCACAUGGAAGCUGCAGCUGAUUUGAUGCCAGAAGGUUCUGAUGAACGUGGGGAUUUGAUGAGGCAAGCGAUUCAGCUGCGGGUUGAGCUCGAAAAAGAGCAAGCGAAGAAUCCUGAGCUGAAACAACUACUUCAGGCUGAGGCAGCGGCACAAGCAGCGCAAGCAGCGCAAGCCAAAGAGAAAGCCCCUUCGACGGAAGGGCCAAAAAUUCCACGGCCUGCGGCCUUUGAUGCUGGCAACCCAAAGAGCCGAGGACUUUUUGGUCCAGCUGGUUCAGGCAAUCCUGGUGGUGGCCUCUUCGGCCUGCCUCAAAGGUCACCACCAGAGAAACAGCAAAGCCCACACCAAUCGCCAGGCCGCCUGCAACAAACAAUCAAGCCUCCAAUGGCACCUCCUCCAGGGCCGGCUGCCCAUGUUCCAGCACGUGGUGCAGCAGCACCUUUGGCCCAGCCACACCAAAGGCAUGGACACGAUGUCAACGAACAAUAUGUGGAGCACCAUGUCCGUGGCCCUUUGCAACCAACAUCACCGGUGGGUGCUCAUCAAUCUCCAUCAUCGCCGGUUCGCCAGUCCCCUCGUUUGAAUGCAGCCAGCCCUCAGCCUUCCUAUGGUUUGGGCAAUUUGGGGGCUGGGGAACAAGAUGCACGCCGCAGGAAGCAGGAAGAGGUGAAGCGAGCACUUGAGGAGCAGAUAGCAGAGAAGGAGCGUCAACGAGAAGCUCAGAGAAGGCCGGAUCCCUCUGCAGCACCUGGUCGGGCAUCACCAAUAAACCCUGGACCCGUUCCACUUCGAGCGAAUGCUGGUGCUGCACUUCCACCCCAAGAAUAUGCACGAGAGGACUUGAACCCUCGAGAAGCGCGCCUGCAGAAUAGGGCACUGGAGAGACUACGAGAGAAGGAGAGGGAGGUUCAGCAGGCGGAGGACACUGCGCGGCAGAUGCCUGAGGGCUCAGAUGAGCGCGCAGAUAUGCUUCGACAUGCACUGCAGCUUCGUGUUGACUUUGAGAGGGCACAAGCCCGAAAUCCGGAGCUUCGGCAGAUGAUGCAGGCCCCUGCGCCUGGGAUCGUUCAUCAGGAUGACCGAAGUCAAAUCCGAGCUGCACACUAUCCUGGGGAAGGGCAUGGUGCGCAAUAUGGAGCACAUGGUGCCGGAGGCUUUCCAGCUGGACCUGAUCCCUGGCCUCAUGGAGUGCCAGAGAGGGCUGUGCCUCAAGCAGUGGCCCAUGCACAAGUACCUCAAGUAGCCUUGCCUGGCCAUUACCAGCACCAACAACCCUACACCCCAGCACAAGGAGCAUACUCAGAUGUAAUUCAUCAAGCACCGCACGGAGUUUCACCACUCGAAGCUCAUCAGCACAUGCUGGGUAUUCCAGCGUUGCCUGGUGCUAUGCAAGUGAUACCAACUAUGCCUGCAAGUCAAAUGCAUCACGUACAUCAACUACAUCAACCACCUGGUGUUGCCGACCACAUGCAAGUGCUCGGGAUGCCGCCAGGUGCUUUUGUGCCCAGCCCCCAAGUUCUCCCGUCUGCAGUCCAGCCUGUUCAGCCUGCCCAGCCUGUUCAGCCUGGCGUCCCGCAAGUCUUCGGCGUCAACAACAUGGGUGCUGGAGACGAGCAAAGGGCCCUGGAGGCCCGGAGAAGGAAACAAGAAGAGAUGAGGCGAGCACUGGAAGAGCAGAUUGCCCAGAAGGAGCGCCAAAAGAAGGAAGAACAAGAGCAAAGGCGACAAGAAGAGCAGCUGCAGCUGCAGCAUCAGCAGCUGGUGCAGAUGGCUCCCACAUCUCCCAUGCAAGCGGGGCCCAAUCAUGAUAUGACCAAUGUGGCUCAUGUGGCUGGGACACCUUAUCCUCCAGUUGGGGGAGGGCCUGCUCAGCCUGCCCCAAAUGAUGCGCUCAUGAAAAAUGCAGGGCGUUUGGGACCCGAAGACGUUGCGCUUGAGCAGCGACGGAAGAAGCAGGAAGAGAUGAAGAGAGCCUUGGCAGAGCAAAUAGCUGAAAAAGAGCGACAAAAGAAGGAGGAGGAAGAGCAACGGCGCUUGGAAGAUGAACGUGAAAAUGAGCGAAUUCGACGUGAGCAAGCAGCUGAGGAAGCAAGAUUGGAGGCCAGACGCCUGGAGGAUGAAGCAAGGCAGAAAGCUUUGCAUCAGCAGAAUGAGCGUGCAGCGGCUGAGAGGCGAAACGAAAUCGAAGAUGACGAACCUCCUGGGCCUCUUCCAAAGCCAAUGGGACGCGCUUCCAGAUCGACACGCGAUCAGAAUCAAGGACAGGUUGGACAGAGAUCUGAUUUGUUCGGCCUACCCCAACCAUCGGCCGCUUCACCUCUUCCGUGGGAAGGAAAUUCAGCUCCUGCUCAAAGCUCUGGGAAUAGUUUUUGCCCUGCUCCAAUGGCUCAGGGAAGCUUCCAUGGAACCUUAGGUUCAGGUCCUCAAAGUGUACCAAACGCUGCACCGGUGAGCGACAUGCUCCAAGGCUUGAUGUAUCAACAACAGGAGUUGUACCGCCACCAGCAAGAAGCCUUAGCCAGGCUACAGGGUGAGGCCGAUCGACUUCGGCAGGAGAAGGAGAUCGCCAAACAAGACUUGCUGGACAUGAAAGCCAAACAACUUGAAGAGAAGGAGAAAGAUGUCAAGAAGCUACAAAGAAAGUUGCGGCGGCAAAUGUUGCUGCAAGGCAAUACCGCGCAGCUACAGCCGUUGGAGAGCAUGCUGCCUUCUGAGGCAUCAACACCCAAGGAUGUCUCUGGGAUGCAGCAAUCUGAAACGCCGUGGCGGGGAGAGUUUUACUCCAAAUAUGAGCAGCCACCAGCCCAGCAUGAGCCAAGCCAAACCGGUCAAAGUGUGAAUCCAGCUGCAGAGACUUCAGGCUAUCCGUCCGAUGAGGACUUCCAACGCCUGCGGAGGGAAUCCAACAACCCAUCAACAUGGCCAGUGGCUCCUGUUCCAUGGCUACAGCCAGAGACCGAGGGUGACUUACCGAUCAUUUCAAGUGCUCCGGAAGCCCCACCAGGAAGCAUCGGCGCAUCACUCUUCGAGGACAGUUGGGGCAAACCUUUGGAGGACACACAGAAGAGUGGAAGCCACGGACGUGCUUCAGCUGCGUCAAAGGCUGCGUCAAAGGCUGGACGGUCUCUUCCACUUUCAGAAGGCUUUGGCCAAGUUACAUCAGCCACAUCUGCUAUGGAAGGAACUCUGGUUGGAGAGUCCAAGCUUGUCGAUCCGCAAGGCUGUACUAUUGGAGCCACCUGGAAGGCCUCAACGAAGGGAGGUCCAACCUUCGACCCUUCAAAUGAGAGCUACAAGAGUUUAAAGCAAGACUACGAGAGUUAUGUGCCUUCCAGGCGGGAUGCUUCAAGCCUUGGUAGCACGUCCAAGUUGUUGGAGUCAUUGGAAGCGAAGAAUGACGAAGAUACUGCAGAUCCAUUGAUGCUGCUUCAGGGGGCUGUAAAAUCCAUGCGUGAGGCUCGAGCGGAAGGUGGGGAAUGCCAUGCACUAUCCCUCUCCAAUUCUGCUUUUCUAUCCAAAGAGCGUCGCGGCACCAGCUCAGUUGAUGCCUCUGACCCUGUUGAUGAUGUUCUCCAGUUUCAACCAGCUAGUGAAUGGGGAAAUGUUUGCCGCCACUUCGGUGCUGAGUCAACCCCCAGCUCCAGGCCAGAAGCUUCGGAACCAACCCAUAGACCUUCGCCAGACGGCGAAUUCCACAACAGGCUCACUUGUGAUUUUGAAGGCUUCCCACAGUAUCCGCGACAAGGUAGACUUGAUCUGACGGAUAGGAACUCAGUCCUUGGUGAAAAGCAAGAGGCGGGGGAAGCCACAGCACCUGACAGCCUCGACCUACUUCAAAAUGUGCAAGACUAUCGAGCUUCGAAUGGCAUUGCCAUGGCUGGGAGCAAUGCCAGCAGCCUCCUGGGUCUUGGAACGCAGCGGCCCAUUGCCAAAGACGACUUUGCUGCAUUGGCAGCUGCCACUCCUGAAGACUUUGAUGCCUUUUUGGCUCGCUUGAAGGGACAAGAUGGGCAAAGCCUUGGCCAAAGUGCACGAGGUCGUUCACCACAGGUUUCUGGGAUGAGUGUCAAAGAGCGUGCCAAGUUUGGAUCGCCCACCUUGCGUGCAGCUGCGGGAUCGCUCUUAGGUGCUUCCGAGCGUGCCCCAUCUGGUCAUUCUGGUCGACCAGAGAGCGGAAGCAGUGCAACCAGCUUAAACAGUGGAGGUGCUCCAGGAGCCCUUCGGGAUCUAAGGAACCAACGACGAAAGCCCAAGACGGCUGAAGACCUCCUGGUGCAUGGAUCGGAUUUGACAGUACCGGGCCCUGCUCAGGCAGGACCUGGAACCAGUUUGCAUGCGACUGUGCCAGCAGCACUGCACCAAGAAGCCAGCGUCCUUCAAUCCUUGAGGGCAGAAAAGAAACACCAAGAGACAGUUGGUUAAUGUUCGAAGCGUUUCACGUGGCAAAGGUUGCAUCACCAAGCCACAGAGUUCAGGAAGUGGAGGUGCACACCCAAAAAAGCAUUCUGAAGUGAACAUGUCCCAUCUAUGCGAUGCCAAGUGAUGAAGUGCCCAGAAGAUGUCCGCAGGCUUUGAGCCUGACACCUAUGCUGCCGAUGCUCAUUCCCCUUUGCUUCAAGCAGUUCCAUUUGAAGAGCUUGACUUUGACAGUCCAGGAGAAAUGUGUGUAGAAACAUGUGCGAACUCAGAAGGAUGUCCAGACUUCCGACGAAAGCUGAUGUCCGAUCCCAGGGAGCGGCACCUUUUUGAGGACCGUGAGGACGGAUCAGAUAAAACGGGAACAGAAGUGUAAGAAGGUAUGGGCGCCACAGACGCGUCAGCUGCUUUGGCUGUGUCAAAAGCUAGACUCGAGUCUUUUCCACUCAUCAACUUGGAGGGAACUCUGGUUGCAAGCUUGCACAUCUGAAAGGCUGUACUAUAGGAGUCACCUGCAAGGCACUGCCCGGGAGCACAGCGGCCCAUUGCCAAAGACGACUUUGCUGCAUUGGCAGCUGCCACUCCUGAAAACUUUGAUACCUUUUUGGCUCGCUUGAAGGGACAAGAUGGGCAAAGCCUUGGCCAAAGUGCACGAGGUCGUUCACCACAGGUUUCUGGGAUGAGUGUCAAAGAGCGUGCCAAGUUUGGAUCGCCCACCUUGCGUG